AUGGCAAAUGUACAAAAAGCCGACGGGGCAAAACUGAGGGAUUGGCUACAGCCAUUCUGUUGGCUGGACUCCGAUCGACCCUUUAGAGUACCUGACAAGCUGGUGAAACGGGUCUGCUCCGAUCCAACCAAAUUGAAACGUCCGAUUACACACAUGGUGCCGGAGAACCGCGCCUUGGCAAUCCGAUUUGAUCGGUGCUAUUCGUUACCAGACAGUUUUUAUAUCAACGGUCUUGAGACCCGUAAUACUACUGCUGAUAACCAGUUGGGUCUUGUCCUGAUUGCGGUGCUUCCAAAGCGAUCAAUCAUGGUACGGUUCAGUUUGGACAGUGUGCCGGAGGGCUUCGUUGGUUCGACGUCUGAUGAUGGGUUCCAGAAAGUGUAUUCGUCCAAAGGCAAAAAUGACCGGUUUACCAAGACUAUGAAGACUUUCUGCAAUACGUUACUUGGUGGAAAUCUGAAAUCCUGGCCAAGUGCCACCACCCAAGAAGCGCAUUUGGUCCUCUUUCGUCCUGCACAAGGUGGAGCCAAAGAAUUCGGGCCAAAUUUUGCGGACAUCAACAAGGACAUUGCGUCAAUGCGAGGUAACAUCAAGCUAUCUCUGCAAAAGCACUUCGGGCAAGACAUGCCGCGUUUCGCCGAGCACACGUACAAGGUGUCGAUGGCUGCCCCGAAGUGGUCGCUAUGUGUAUUUGGGAAGCCAGGGUAUCUUAUGCCCCGAAUCCUGGGGAAUGACUCUCAAGGGGAUUUCAAUAUCCGCCAUGAGACUCUUGGACUGGAGUAUAGGACCAAGUACACUCCGGGUGAGCAUGGACGUGGGAAGGCAAAUACGAAGAAGUAG